UAAACGCCUUUUAGCAGCGAGGAUUUGGAGAGAAGUAGAAGAGCACCAGGAAGCGUCCACAUCCUAGUCCACGCGAUGGCUACCAGACUGGAUCAAGCAGCAGGCAUGAGUCUGAUUGUCUUCAGUGUCAUGCUGAUGACGUAUUAUUCUAUCUGGGUCAUUGUUCUGCCUUUUGUGGACAGCAGUCAUGUACUUCACAAGUAUUUCCUUCCACGGGAGUACUCGGUCAUUCUGCCUGGCAUUGCAGCCAUAAUACUGCUCCUUUGUAUCGGCGCCUUCACCGCAUUUGUCAUGUGGAAGAAUCAAAAGCAGAAGAAGGUUAAUUAAUCAUGUGAUCUGAUAUUGUGUGUGACUGUAAAUAUGCAAAAUCAUUCCAGCAUUCUCUUAUUAUUAUUAUUAUUAUUAUUAUUAUGGUGAAUAACUUGGGUUGUGGUCAUAAUCGUGAAGAUUGUACUGUUAACUGAAAUGUUAUUAAUAAGGAAAGAAACUGCAGACUUAAUUUAAAACCAACCGCCUUUUUUGAUCCAGUAGAACGUCUGACUACAAUUUUCCUUCUUGAUCAAAUAACUUUACAUUUACAUUUACCCUUGAGACAUUUAGGGGUUUGUAUUAGACUUCUUGUUUAUAAGAUGGCACCGUGUAUAUUUCUAUACAGUGACAGUGUAACCAACUUGGUGACAAACCCUCUGGGCUUUGUAUUUUCUCAAAAGCAACUAGUGACAAACCUAGCGACUUUUCCUGGUAUCAUUGGAGAGUUUUCUGUUAUUUGGAGACUUAAAAGUGAAAGCAUGUAUUGUUCUGCACUUCCACACCGUCCCAAAGCUGGUACUGACAGUAUAGCAGAGCUCGAGAUGCCAUGCACACCCAGAAGUAGAAAAGUAGGCAACCUUUAUCAUUUAGGCUAAAAGUUAGGGAUCUUUUCAUUUUAGCACUAGCAAAACUAGCAUUAGCCAGAAUUCACAGCGUAGUAGCUGGUCAUCAACACAUGAGUAAAACAUAGCUCCACGAUAGUGAUCUAAUUUAUCUUACUUAUACUAUUAUGUAUUGUAUAAAACCAUGACAGUAAUGACAUCAAAUUAAAAGCAUGAAAUGAAUACA